AAAACUUCUUCGUCUGUUACCAUCCCCAAACUUCCAACUUCGCCCAUAUUCUCUCGUAAGAAUGACUUCGUCGCGUCGGUCAAAGCUAUCUUGGAAAACUUCCGGCAAGCGUACUCCGCGAGUGCCCAUUUCUGCACCCCUUGAUGGGGAUGACAAUUCUAGCUCAAGAUCGAAGAGUUUCAAUUCACUUCUUCGUGUGGGACUCAAGAGCACUCGCACCGGCAAGCCUCGUACCGCCAGAAUGUCAAUUGCAGUGCAUGGGAGUGAAAUUUCUGCAAGUCGAUCAAGAAGAGCACUUCCACGUCUUCACAGCUGGGGAUUGAAGGGCUUUAGAACGGGAAAGGGUACCCCAAAGAUCCAAAUUGCAGGCCACGUUAGGGGUCAAACUUCUGCAAGUCGAUCAAGAAGAGCACUUCCACGCCUUCACUGGGGAUUGAAGGGCUUUAGAACUGGAAAGAGCACCCCAAAGAUCCAAAUUGCAGGCCACGUUGGGGGUCAAUGUUCUGCAACUCGUUCAAGAAGAGCACCUCCUCGCCUUCGCUGGGGAUUCAGGUGGUUUAGAACUGGACAGGGUACCCCAAAGAUCCAAAUUGCAGGCCACGUUGGGGGUCAGUGUUCUGCAGCUCGUUCAAGAAGAGCACCUCCUCGCCUUCGCUGGGGAUUCAGGCGGUUUAGAACUGGACAGGGUGCCCCAAGAAUCCAAAUUGCAGGCCACGUUGGGGGUCAGUGUUCUGCAGCUCGUUCAAGAAGAGCACCCCCACGCCUUCUCUGGGGAUUCAGGCGCUUUAGAACUGGACAGGGUGCCCCAAGAAUCCAAAUUGCAGGGCUUGGGGGUCAAAGUUCUGCAGCUCGCUUUAGAACUGGAAAGGGUGCUCCAAGAAUCCAUGUUGCAGGACAGGAUGAGGCUCAAAGUUCUACAGCUCGUUCAAGAAGAGCAACAUCGCUUCUUCGCUGGGGGCUCAGGCGCUCUAGAACUGGAAAGGGUGCCCCAAGAAUCCAAGUUGCAGGGCAGGAUGAGGUCAAAGUUCAGCAGCUCGAUCGAUCAAGAGCACCUCCACUUGGGGAAUUCAAGCGCUCUAGAACCGGAAAGGGGGCUCCAAGAAUCCAAAUUGCAGGGCAGGGUCAAUGUUCUGCAGCUGCGUUGACUUCAAAUCCCACAGUAUCGACCGAAAUGUGCGCUGAGGCCCUCUUGGACCUAGCCGCAGGUGAGCCGCCGCUUCAUGAUGAACCUACCUUCAUGGAGAGGAUCCAAGCACAGGGCAGCACUAAAAAGUAAGCUUUGUUCUUCAAUCAAUCAUCAGUACAUUUAGAUGGUCUUCAUGAUGAACCUUGUCUUCAAACAAUCACAGUUCUAUGUCUUGUACAUUUACACUUUAACGAGUACAUUCUGUAAAUAGUAUCUACCCUAUAAAAUCACACAUCACAC